AUGCAGUCUACGCACUUUGGUAGCCAGAACCCAAGUUGGAAGAUUAUGAUCUUCCACCCAACCGUGGAAGAAUUUGAAGAUUUCAACAAAUAUAUUGUUUACAUGGAGUCGCAAGGUGCACACCAAGCUGGCCUAGCCAAGGUAAUUCCACCGAAAGGAUGGAAAGCCAGACAGACGUACGAUGAUAUAGAUGACAUCUUAAUAGCCGCUCCCCUCCAGCAGGUGACCACUGGAAAGGCAGGUGUGUUUACUCAACACCACAAAAAGAAGAAAGCCAUGACUGUGAGCGAGUAUCGCCGCUUAACAAACAGUGAAAAACACCAGACUCCAUUCUACUCUGAUUUUGAGGAUCUGGAGCGAAAAUAUUGGAAAACACGCCUCUAUGAUUCACCAGUAUAUGGUGCGGACGUCAGUGGCUCCUUAUUCGAUCAAAACACGGAGCAGUGGAACCUUGGACACCUGGGAACCAUUCAGGACCUGCUGGAGCAGGAGUGCGGAGUGGUCAUCGAAGGCGUCAACACCCCGUACCUGUACUUCGGCAUGUGGAAGACCGCCUUCGCCUGGCACACGGAGGACAUGGACCUUUACAGCAUCAACUACCUGCACUUCGGGGAGCCCAAGACUUGGUACGCGGUGCCCCCGGAGCACGGCCGGCGCCUGGAACGCCUGGCCAGGGAGCUUUUCCCGGGCAGCGCGCGGGGCUGUGAGGCCUUCCUGCGGCACAAGGUGGCUCUCAUCUCGCCCACGGUCCUCAAGGACAACGGCAUCCCCUUCGAUCGGGUCACUCAGGAGGCUGGAGAGUUCAUCGUGACCUUUCCCUAUGGCUACCACUCUGGCUUCAACCAUGGCUUCAACUGCGCGGAAGCCAUCAAUUUCGCCUCCCCGCGCUGGAUCGAUUAUGGCAAAGUGGCCUCGCAGUGCAGCUGCGGGGAGGCCCGGGUCGCCUUCUCCAUGGACGCCUUCGUGCGCAUCCUGCAACCGGAGCGCUACGAGCUGUGGAAACGCGGGCAGGACCGGACCGUGGUGGACCACACGCAGCCCACGGCGCCGGACAGCCAGGUCCUGAACGCCUGGAGGGAGGUCCGCGCGCCCGGGGGAGCCGCUCUCGGCCAGAGGCACUGUCCGUCCCGCAGUGCCUCACACCACUGUCUGCCCGUGGCCGCCUGCCAUGGGACCCGCCGCCGAGCCCCUGUGGGUCCUUCCUCCUCGCCCUCCUCGCCGGCCCGGGGUUCUUGCUCUGCCGCCCAGCUCGGGGCUGCUGCUGCCUACAGCUCCGCGGAGCCCGGCCUGACUCCACCUCUGACCCCAGGUCCAUGUGCUGCGGAUCUCCACCUAACUGGCCUAUACGGUUCUCGUCGUCGUCCUCGGGAAGAGGGGACUCGGGGCCAGACUGUCCGGGCCCUGGCUAAGAGGCGCCUCUCCUUAGACACAAUGCACACAUCUCUGGACUUCACAUCUCAGCUCCUGUUUGCUGGCGAACCCUUGAUGGACAGCCGUGCAUUGCUGAGCCCGUGGCUGCAGCAUCCGUCUAAGGCUUCCGGGUGCUGUUGUGCCCCUGAUCUUCAACCCUUGGGUCCCCCAUUGGAUUCCGAAAACCCGAUGCACCCUGGCCCGUGCCUGUCAUCUCUGGAGGGUAUUACAUCCAGUUUCCUUGACAGCGUCCCUUUGAUUCCUCCCAACGUCAUUGGGACUCUGAGAGUGUUCCCCAGGGACGAUGCUGGGAACUGCAGGGCCCCCGUGAACUUCUGUGAGGUCGUAAGGUUGGACCACUCUUAUGCCUCUAAGAGUCUUGUCCCAGCUGCAGAGACCAGUCUCCCGCACCCUUGA